GCAGAUAAGGUGACAAGGAGGACCCUCCCGUGGGUGUAGUGGGACGAAAACACCUCUCAACGCGACACUGUUUCGUUUCCACGGAGCUGUCAGAAACACUUCAGUCCUCUCCGGCUGGAUGAAUUGUGAGGAGCUCGAUACGUGAAGCUCAAUUUUCGGGAAACUUUUAUAUAUUGACGCUGAUGGGACAUGGCGAUGGCCUCUCCAUCAACAUCAACGGCAGGACCAGCUACGGCAUCUGAGUCAGAGCUCUCAAGCCUGGGGGGCAUUGAGGCCCUGAAAUUGAAGGUGGGGCCGGUGCGGAGGAACCUCUUCGGGCCCGUGGACCACCAGCAGCUGCAGCAGGACUUCCAGCGGCUGCUCAGCAGGAACCUGGAGGUGGCCAGAAAGCACUGGAACUUUGAUUUCCUGAGCGAAAAGCCAGAGGAGGGCUCCAACUUCAAGUGGGAGGAGCUAAGGUACCAGGACGUGCCAGCGGUUUACCACAGCUGCACGGUUAGGCCUGCGCCGCGUCCAGUGUCCGAAAGUCGGACAUCGUCUUCGUCUGGUGAGGGUUCGCCAUGGUACAGCAGCUCGUCCGGAUCUGGUGAUGAAUACCUUGAGGUGACCACGAGGGGUUGCUACCCGAUUCAACGGCACAGAAAACGCAAACAGUCUGCCAUCACAGAUUUCUUCAAGGUGAAGAAAAGGAAGCUUCUGCAUGACAAAGCAUCUUCUCGUCAGUAGAAAAGCACAACCAGACCCAGAGGAGGAUCACUUAGUGGUCGACAUCCCUCUGCACAUCACCUCACACAGAUAUGUGUCAUAUCAUAUGUAUAUAUAUUUGUAGCAAUUUGUAAAUGGCUGUAAACAAGCUCAUUCAGCACGAGCUUUACAAACUCCUCUGACACCGUAUACCUUAAGUUUUCAGCACAAGGAAGCUACCAUAUUCCUAGUUAAUCUAGCUCAGUCUGUAGGAACGGUUUUUGAUGCGAAUUUUAAAUAUUAUACAUGUUCUACAUAAUGUUUUCCUUAGCUCUUGACUAUACUGUGAAAUUAUUUUGAAUGCACUGUUAAUAACAGAAAAGAGGUUCAUUAUCUUCUGAACGGGUCUUGGAUAGUAUUUAACCUCAGUCCUCAACUUUCUUUUUUUUUUCUCUCCCUCUUGCUAAAAGUCAUAAGAGGUUCUGAUUAAAUGAGUUACUAUUCCUGGCCUCGCACCACACUUAGCCUUUAGUCUCCCCCCGGGGCUCGGAUAGCACGAGUCAAGCCAGGGGUCAAAAUCUCACCCUCGGCUCAAAAUUUGGCAGCGCGCCUGUGAUUAGCUCCGGGGCAAAGGUCAACGGUGGAGGUUCAGCAAUGAGGUAAUGCGGCCGUAUCUGUCCAACAGUGACUUCAAUUUCUGUGGGACUAUUUAUUUAUUAUUCACGAAGAUAGGUCAUCUGCAAUUCCACCAUUGCCACCUAAAAAUAAUGGCAUUUAAUGAAAACAAAAAAUAUAUAAAUUGCAAAUCAUAUUCCCUUUUGUGCAUUGCUUUAUUUGCAUAAUGGGGCUGUAAAAAUCUAUAUUUAAUUUGGCAGCAGACCAGAACAUACCUUAUUUACUUGUAUGUUUCCAGCUUUAUGCUUGUAAUAAUGUAGCAUUUUCCACUUGUAGGGGGCUAAAUAUGCCUCUUUUUCCAGGUGUUUUAUCACUGUGUUGCAGCUCAGAGGAAUCCAAACCUCUUGUUUUUUUUUGUUUUUUUAAGUAUGAAGAGUCUAGCUGCUUCACUUUUUCUGUCUCCGUACCGUUCUAUAGGUGUCUGUGCGUACAUGCAUUUAAUUGUUAGUGACCGAAGGUGUUGGUUUGGUGAAGGUUUUUCACGGGUUGCAACAGUUGUAGCAGCAAACUCAGUUGAACCAAAGAGAAAUUGCUUUGCCAUUAAAUUAGAAACACACCCAGUCACUCAGUGUCUGAGUAAUUUUGGGUCACAGAAGGCCUCAAACAAGUCAAGAUAUUCAAAUAUAUUGUGUUAACAUGCCACAACUGCCCAAUUUACAAUUUUGGUGACUCAAAUAGGAUGUGCCUACUUCUUUUCCCUAAUAUGGAUAAAAAGCCAUAACCAGGAUUAAUCCACUCUUACUACCUCAUCCAAUGGUACAAAUUGCGUACAAGUUACAUGCGAAAUAACAAAACCAACAGAGGUCGUGUUGUUUGCGUCUACAGGCGAAAGAGAGACAGAGAGACAGAAACAAAGGGGGGUUGGGCUCUUAUAAUAUUGUUGUGGUAAAAGCUGUCGAGGUUCAGCGCUAGGUGUCGAGUUUCACAUCAGGUAAAAGAGUCAGUGUGUCAGAGCGGGGCCUAGCUGCGGGCAGGCAGGCAGGCAGGCAGCUUUUGUUGUCGCUCUGCCUCACUUUGCUUCCCCAUAAGGAAAAGGGACAAACUUUAAUAAGGGAAAAUGUCUCAGAACAAAGAAUUUCUCCAGCCAGACAAGUGGCGUGCGAUUCAGACACGCUCAAGUCUCUCAGUCUCUCUUUCAUGAACCAAGCGCCUCGAUCUCUGCGAUUAAUCAGCAUGAAAGGAGUUGCUCAUAAUCAUGUUAUUCUUUCAUGGGCCAACAAGGUGAUAUUUCACAGAUCUUAAAAUAGCAAACCCGGCUUUUUGAAAUAGUUUUUAUGACAACUUAUCUAUGUGUGUGAGAGUAAAUGUUUGUGUGCACCUAUCUUCUCAGACAAAACUUUCAGUCUAUAUUAACUUAUUUUGUUCUGUAGGGAAAUCAUUUUAAAGUCCCUAUGUUUUUUGGUAUAACUUACUAAUUGUUAUUUACGAAACUAUAUCUUUGCACUACUUUAAACAGUUCUGACAAGAGAACAUUUUUUUUGGUAAUCUUUAAAAAAGAAAAAAUACAAAUACUCGCUGAGAAACUGAGACACAGAUUAGACAUUUGACAUUUUAAAUUAAUAAAAUCUUUUUUUCCCCCUCAAAUCAGACUGUUAGAAACAGUUUAUACAUGUGUUUAUUACAUUGUUUCUGUAUCUUGUUAGUCUUCCUCAAGUACAGUAGGUGGAAAAAUAAAAAUAAAUCAAGGAAAUCUAAAAGGAUAAAUAUCAAGCUUGAUCUGUUAGUGUCUCACUGCCAAGCAGACUUUGCUUUCCUAAAUCACAGUUGCAGCUAUAUCGAAGUGUUGUGUGUUUCUGUUGUAACUUUGUACAUGCAUGAAUGAAAGAUAAUCUUUGUACAACAUUUGUCAUAAUUUUAUUGUAAUUUAAUGCUGGUUUAUGUACCCUUGCAACAUGUAAGAAGUGGAUAUGUUUGGGAUCAGAAUCAUAUCCUUUUUGAUGAUAUUUGUAAAGAAAAUAUAUUUCUGGGUUGUUGGUGCGCUGUUACCUUUCAUAUUUUUUGAUUUCUUAGAGCGUGCUCAAAUAAUAAAAUGAUGAAUAAGAUUGAUACAAACUACAAAAUAAUGGUCUGAAGUUUUGUUUCCACUGUGAGGUUUAUUGAUUAUUGGCACCCCCUGGUGGUUUAAAUGUAACACUGCGCACAAAGUCAAUCAUUUGGUAAUAGUUUGUCUGAAUUCAAUUCUAUCAACUAGAAGCUAUUAUAAAAGGAAGUUCAGUAAGGAAACACUAGUUACAAGACCAAAAUAAUUAAAGAAGCAAUUUCACCUAUACCAUUAGUGUUUUAUCAUAAAUAUUCCGUAUAUAACUCAGUGUGCAAAAUGUCACUUACAUUUAUUUAAAAUGAUAAUCUGCAUUUACAUUAGUUAAAACUGAAAAAGUACACAAUAAAAAUAAAACAACAAAUAUGACACAGAUAGUGUUAUACAUUCCGCAUACAUUUCAAUUUAUAUUCCAUUACAUUUGGCAGGUUCAGAGACAGCAGAGGUGCAGGUGUCUCAUUUUUCAGCUCCAUUACUCUUGGUUUAACAUAAGGAACACGCCUCAUAACAUUGAU